AUGCUGCGAGGCCAGGGCAUGCUGAAGAACCGCUGCUGCGUCCUGCUUGGUGACCUCAGGCUGCUCCUGCUCGGGCCGCCGGCGCCUCCUCCGCCGCCGCAGCUCAGCCCCAUGAGCGGACAAGCCACGCAGAGCCGCGAGCCGGCGGGCGUCGCCGAGCGAGGCACCCCGCCCGCGGCCGCGACCGCGGCGGCAGCCCCCGUCGCCGCCGGGGCCGAGCGAGGACCGGCAGUGCCGGGCUGGGUGGACGCCGCGGAGCUUUCGGCGGCGCUGCGUGGAUGCGGCAGCUCGUCGGACGACUGCUCGAAGGGCAAACUAGAGGAGAGGUUCUCCCUCACUAGCUACACGGAAAGCGGCUUCAGGACGCCCGUGUGCAGGAUCUGCUUCCAGGGACCGGAGCAUGGGGAGCUCCUGAGCCCAUGUCGCUGCAGCGGUUCCGUCCGCUGCACCCACCAACCCUGCCUCAUCAAAUGGAUCAGCGAGCGAGGUUCCUGGGCCUGUGAGCUCUGUUACUACAAAUACCAGGUCAUCGCCAUAAGCACAAAGAACCCACUGCAGUGGCAGUCUAUUUCUCUCACGGUGAUCGAGAAAGUGCAGAUCGCUGCGGCCAUUUUGGGCUCUCUCUUUCUCAUGGCCAGCAUUUCCUGGUUAGUCUGGUCCUCGUUUAGCCCGUCAGCGCGCUGGCAGCGCCAAGACCUGCUCUUCCAGAUUUGCUAUGGCAUGUACGGCUUCAUGGACGUCGUCUGCAUAGCGUUGAUUGUCCACGAGGGCCCUUCAGUGUUUCGCAUCUUCCACCGCUGGCAAGCCGUCAACCAGCAGUGGAAGGUCCUCAACUAUGACAAAACUAUGGACAACGUUGACCUGAAGGACGUUGCGGCAGAUAGGACUCAUCAGCCCGGACGGGCUUACCAGACCGGGCUCGGGACGUCGGCUUCCACCUCAUCGCUAAUGGCGGUGGCGUCCACGGCCGGCGGCUCAGCGCCUGCCGCCACUGUGGGGCCCGGGGUCCCUGACGGUGGUGCGGCGGCCGACCCGCAUUGCCCCUACAAUCUCCUACAGCUGCUCAGCCACCUGAGGCCGUCAGAGCCCCGCAACCAAGCCGGCGGGAAUGCUCGAGAGCUGGUCAUGAGAGUCACGACAGUCUGA